AUGUCCCAUCAAUCAGACACAUCUUCUUGCUCAGGUGAUUCCGAAGAUAGCAACACCAUCGACCCUGCCGGUAUAUACACUAUGGAAGAAUUCAUUGCUGAGCAAAGUGUAUUGCACAAUUUGCUCGAGCGGAUCACUGCAAAGAUUCAGGUUAAAAUUGAAGCUCAACAAGUUGGUACAUCUUGCCACCGGAGUGGUAGUAGAAGGUUCAUUGGGAGAAAUCAUGAACAGGGCCAUCAACAGCUUGUGGCUGAUUUCUUUUCUGAAGAUCCAGUCUGUAAUGACCAGCUCUUCCGAACAAGGUACCGGAUGAGAAGACCCCUCUUUCUACGUAUCGUCCAUGCCCUAGGCGAGUGGUCUCCCUAUUUCACCAGAAGGAGAGAUGGUUUUUAUCGCCAAGGGCUCUCACCUCUGCAGAAGUGCACAGCGGCUAUUCGUAUGUUAUCUCGUGGCUCCCUGGCAGAUGCUGUUGACGAGUAUGUACAGAUUGGUGAGAGUACAGCAAUGGAGUGUUUGGAGCGGUUCACGGAAGGGGUGAUUGACAAGCUUGGCAGCGAAUAUUUGCGAGGCCCUACUAGUGUCGAUAUGCAGCAUCUACUACAAAUUGGCCAGGGCUGUGGCUUCCCUGGCAUGUUGGGAAGCAUUGGUUGUAUGCAUUGGAAGUGCGAAAAUUGCCCACCUAAAUGGAUGCGUCGACUUAAUCAUAGUGAUUACGGUGCAGCCACAAUUUUUCUUGAAGUUGUUGCUUCACAAGACCUCUGGAUAUGGCAUGGUUUCUUCGGUGUAGUUGGGUCCAACAAUGACAUCAUUGUGCUCAAUCAAUCGCCAUCGUUCACUGAGGUCUUGAAAGGGCAAGCUCCUCAGGUGCAAUUCUCCAUCAAUAAGAGACAAUAUGAUAUAGGCUACUAUCUUGCUGAUGGAAUCUACCCAGAAUGGACUGCAUUUGUGAAGACAAUACCCCACCCUCAAACCGAAAAGGAACAAUUGUUUGCACAAUAUCUAGAAGAGGCAAGGAAGGAUGCCCAACGAGCAUUUGGAGUCUUGCAAUCUCGUUUUCCCAUUGUUUGUGGUCCAACACGUUUUUUCCAAAGAGUAACUCUUGGGAAAAUUAUACAAGCUUGCGUCAUACUCCAUAACAUGACAAUUGAGGACGAGAAAGAUAUGGCAAGUUCCUAUUUUGAACCAAGCGAAGCUUCAGGGAUAUCGGCUGUUCUACCAUCAAACUUCAACAAUAGGCCUGCCGAUUGCUUCACUGAUGUACUCCAGAGAAAUGAUACAAUUUGUGCUCAACCAGCACAAAGCCAACUAAGAAGGGACUUAAUUGAGCAUAUUUGGCAGCAGUUUGGAUCAUUUGGGGACAAGUGA